UUAGGCAAGCCUCUUUCUACGGCCGCUUCAUUACAACUUCAUCAAGGAUUAGUGAAUGUGAAACCACUAACUGUCGGUGGCUUUAGUCACGCUGUGCGUCCUGGAGUUCAAGUCGGGGUCUGCAGAUCACUGGAGCGUCAGCCCUUCAAAACAAAAGCCCUCAGUGAGGCAGCCUGAUGCACAGUGUGAGCUGUUCAAAUGAAUUACGUAACCUCACUGAUCUCCACUAAUCAGGAAAACCCCUCAGUUAGAUAAUUGAUCUCUUCAGUUUAUAGGCAUAAUGAUUUCUGAUUGUCCCGCAUAAUGUGAUCCCCUUUAGUUUCAACAGAGUGUGCUGAUUAUAUCAUAGCUUUAUUACUACGAAGCUAUUCUGCCAAUAGUUGUAUUUAUGAUAAGAGCAUCACAUUGGAAUCACAUUAAGCAUCACAUGACAUGCCUCUUAGGUCUGUCUUUAGUUUGGAGAUAAUCUUUUUACCUCAUGCAUGAAUAUUGUUAUAUUUUCAGAAAUGGUUAACAAUUUCUAAAUAUUAUUUACUGCCUUUCUUAAUAUUUGUAAUUAACAUCCUCAUUAACAGACAUGUUUUGACUGUCUGCAAUUGGCCAUGCUUCGUUGUGUGAUUUACACUCAAAAGUAUCUUAUAUGUUGUGAUUUAGUUAGAUGUAUGUUAUUCAGAACAAACCCUUUCAUUGUAUGUGUCAAAAUCAAAGCAGUUUUGUGAUCGACUGUGCUGUUCAUUUAUUUAGAGAGCAGUGUUAGCUCCACCUUGUGGCCCACCUGUCUACUGCUACCUUAAAUCAAAUUCAUUGCCAAGUUGCAUGGGUGUUUUUGGUGCUUAUAAAUAAAUAUAUUGAGAAUUACAACUACUAUAAAAAGUUAGGAGUGGAUUUUUCACACUUAUUUACUGUAAGAAAUUGUAAAAAGAAAGAUAAACAUCAUCAUAACAAUAUUUUGUAGCAAUACCACAGUAGAAAUAAUAUGAUAAAGGUAAAAAGUCAUCAAUUUAAAUCAAGUCAAAACGUAUUACCAUCAUAUUUGAUUGAUUCUCCCAAAAGUAAUCAGCAUGAAGAUGAUUCAUUUCAGAAUAGUGUAUGAUGUAAUUGUUUUAUAAUGAGUGAUGCAUUAUGUGUUCAUCAUUUGUUACAGAUGGUAAAGGUAGAAGGUGGGAAUCAUUUCAGUUACUCACAUUUGUCUUAAUACACCAUAAUGUAAUAGUUUAUUUAUAUUUCUAAUAAUAAUCUCUAUCUUUAAAAUAGCUUAAGCUCCUACAUAGCGAACGAAGUAAAAGGUAGAUUUGUCUCAGUUUAGUAGAAGUCUAAAGUACCCUAAUGUCCCUCCCUGCUGUCUUCAGAGACCUGUCGUUGCAAAUGUCCCCUCUGUGGGACUAAUAAAGGUAUUCUGAUUCGAUGGCAUCCGGUUAUAAUCAACAACAGGCACGCGGGGACUUCCUGCAGCCAAUCACAGCUCCGCGUUAACCAGUUUGAUAAAGUUCCGCUUUUCUCCGCCGUUUCACUUCGUGUUUGUUUCAAGGAAACACCGUGCUGCUCUCGGUGUUUAAAGAUGUGGGAGAACCUGGGGGGAACACACCCGCUAUGUUCACGGCACAUCGGCUCUGAGUGAGAGCGACCAGCAGAAAGAGCCUCCUGUAGGAGAAGAACAUGUAUUUAUGGCGCUUCUCCAUCGCCAUAACUCUGGGCUUGGUGUGGUAUUUUUCAGACUGCGUUCGCUCGGUGACUCAGUACAUUUUGUGUAUCUUCUUUUGUUUUUCUUCUUCACUUUUCUUCGAAAACAGUGGAAGAGAGUACAGCACUCAGACUGAUGAGGAGACAGUGGAACAUCCCCUCCAGGAAGCUGCUGAGGGACAGUUGCUUGGUGAUUUAUGUGACUUUGCAAAAAGCAGCGAGCAUGCUGAACCUCUGGAGUCUCAGUAUCCACAUGUGAAGACGUCUCUACAGCAAGUGUUCGAGUGUGCCUACGCCCAGCUGGUCCUGCCUUGGUACGGCGUUCCUGAGCCGCGCGAGCAGCAGCCUCUGCAUCAGGUGCUCAGCGGAGAGUUCGACUUUGUGAUAGACCGGAUCAUCGACAGAGCCAAAGACUUUAAUGUCUGCCAGGCGGUCGUGGGCUCUGUUCAUAUUCUGACCCAGCACUUACAUAAUGCCAAGCAGGCUGACAGGGAACUCUUGUUCAGCUCCAGAGCAGAGGAGAUCGCAGUCCUCAGGGAGUUUUCUGAUGCUCUAGUACGUAACCUUUUCCCAAAACCUCUCUGGGGCCAUGAAGUCAACCGCUGUGCCUUAAAUGAGAUUGUUGCCUUAAAGGGGCUGGGCCUGCUGGUGACAUGGCUGUCGGACCCCGACAACCUGAACCAGCUGGUGGUGAACCAGCUGGACCGCGUGACUCCCAAAGGCUCCGAGGAGGAGCUGUGUGGGUCCGACCCGGAUCAAAACUCUCUGGCUUCGCAGGAGGGAGAGGCUGAGGGCGGUGAAGCGAGCUUGGAGGGAGCAGGGAUUUCAUCCAGCAGGAUCAAGACCAAAAGAAAAGCCAACAAGUUAAAAGAAGGAUGGUCGAAAUUUGUGGACAAGGUAAAAUGUAAGAAGGCCAAAAAGAAGAAGAUGAAGAAGAUGGAGCAAGACCUGAUGCUGAGGGUCAUGGCGAUCCAGGGAGAUGCGUCCAACGAGGACGAAGUCGACAGCAGAGAGGGCUCGCUCCACAGCCUGCACGACUCUGACAGGGAGGACAGUGAUCUGGAGAACUACUUGAUGAGCGUCCAAGAGGACAUGAUGGAAUUCAGGUUGUCGUAUGAGAUGUGGCGCGCUGGCAGCUGGGCUGUCAGCAUCCCUCAUGCUGAGUGGGAUGGCGAGGAGCUAAUCUUCACCUUUCACCUGGAGGAGAAGGACAGCCCGGAGAACCUGCAGUGGGACAUCAAGAAGACAUACAUGGAUGUCAUAUACUUCCGCAACAGAUGGCAGGACUCGACCAGCCUGCCCACGAUCCUGCUGCUGCAGAAGUGGGAGGUCAACGCUGAGGUCAAAGAAGAAGCCAGAGUAUCAGUGGAGCACUUUCUGCAGGCGUUAGUUUCUGCUAAUCUGAUCGGCCAAACUCAACCGGUUUUUCAGUUCCUCUGCCCACUCGACAAGCUGCUGAACGAGGAGGAACAUUACGGAGGCGUGUGGGGCCUCCUGAGCGGCCUGGCUUACUUCCUGACUCCAGGUCAGGAGGAAGAGGAGAGCUCCAGCCCACAGACAGAAGCCCCCAAAGACAUCAUAACACCAUUUCUGCAUCCAGAAUCAACAGCUCUGCCUUCAGAAACCGCUGCUGCCUCUACUGAGAAGGGCAGUGAUGUUCCUGAUGCUUCAAUCCCUGCUAUUGUUAUAGAAUAUGACUCUCCUUCUGAAAUUCCGGAGGAAGAAGAAACAGAAAUUGAGCUGCGGUCUGCUUCUAACUGUGACUCUUCAAACGAAAACAGUACCCAAGACAAAACGGAGGAGUCAGAUAACCCUUUAACCUCUCACUUUAAACUCAUGUUUAAAGGUCUGAGUCGAUCCAGGUCACAAGAGUCUCUUAACUCGACAAAAAACAGCAGUGACACAGACCCGCCUGACUCCAUCUCCUUGCCUCACUGCAGCCAAAAUGGAGGCAUGCAGGGGGACAGCCCAGAUGGACCAUCCUGGCUUCUUUUCAGUGCAAAGUCACAUAAAAGGGAGAAAUCAUGUUUUAGGAUGGCAGGUGCAGUGCAUAAGGCUAAAGUGAAGGACCAGGUCAGUUCUCCACGGGGGGAGGACCUCCAGGGUCAGAAGAGCCAAGUCAACUUGGAGCAGCUGGAAGCGACCAAAGCCAUAUUUGAUCUGCUGAAGGAAAUAUCUGGAAACUCCAUCCUCGUGAACAUAUUUGAUGCCAUUUUGAAACCUUUUACGCCCAUCUUGAAAAAGAAAGUGAACUCUUUCCUGGACAAGAUGAACCCAACAGAAUUGCAGAUGGCGGCUUAUAUCGACACUCUGCGGAACAAACAGUGGCCAGAAAUCAAACCUGCAGCACCUCAUCAUGCUCGCAGUGAGGAGGAGAAGAGCGAGACGAGGGAGCGGGCGCACGGCCUGAUCAACGCCAGAUAUUCAAACUAUCUAAUCCUGAAGAAGACAGACAUGGAGGCUGUUUUUAAUCUUUUCCAGGACAGAGAGGGAAACCAAACGCUGGUAUAUAUGCUCCUGUCAUACCUGAUAAGGGAAUUUUUUCCCAACGAGCAUUCCCUAAAUGUGAGCGCCGCUGCCCUCCAGAAAGUGACCACCUCCCCCAGCUGAUCUGUGAAUCAUCAAUGUUUUUAAUGGCAUUUUUUUUAGAAUAUCUAAUUAUUUAUUUAACAUAAAUGCCCUGAAUAUCUGUGACCAUUUCUGUAUAGAUGUCGAACAUUCCUCUCUGUUGUUUUUACCUCAAAUGUACUGUGAACAGUUUUGUGUUUAUUCUUUUGGUUUUUAUUUUUUAACAGUAUCAUUUUGUAAGUAAUUAACCCUGACUUUAAUCUUUGUGAAAUCAGAGACAUUCUUUAUGGGAUCAAGCUUUACACAUUUUGCUUUUAUUGUAAAACUCACAGGAGAAAGUAAUAAUUACACCCUUCAAAGUUAAAGUUGAAUUACAUAUUAGAAAGUAUUUUGUGUCACUUUGAGCACUUGUUUUUUGGUGAGUGUUUAUUUUCUGAUUAAGUUUUAUAUAAUAGAAGAUGCCACAAUUACCUUUAUCUGUCAGUGGACAGUGCCACUAACAAAAGAAACUGUUGAUGUGAAACACUUAAGUUUAUUUCAAAUGAAAUAUUUUAAUAAAGAUUCUCGUUAAAUGUC